AUGCUUUCGGAUUCCGGGAAUGGCGGUCCGGUCACAUCGGAGGAUGACAGCAGUGCAACAGCUGGGCCUGAGCCUCAGCCUUCAGUCCUCACUUCUUCAACGAACCACCUCUAUGAAGCCUCUGAUGACUACGAAGAAGAAGAAGAAGAAGAAGAAGACACAGAAGCCAUGGCGGUAUCACCUAUGUCAAACGAGGACGCUCAAUCGCUUAUUGAAUUAUCAAUGAGCAGGGUCGCCACCCGCCUCAAAUCUGCUAGGACACCAGCAAUCGAAAGGGCAGCUGCACUGGAGGAAGGAGAUGGCUAUUUUGCCAGCGAAGUCGAGACUCCUCCAGCAAACGAUUCCUCGGGGGAGUCUUCGACGCCAAGACUGCAUGGAGUCAUCGAUGCGCCGGUGUCCUCUGAACAAGAGACAUCUGUAGUUUCUAAACCAAUGGCGGGACUAUCACUCGGAAAUCUACCAUCGCCAAAUUUCGAAGAGCCCCUUCUUCCGACUCCAUGGCAUCCAGGACCCAAGCAAUUCGCUAUCCAGCCCAAAGAUGCUACUCAGCAAUCGUCUCUGGCUGGUGUCUUUACUGGCAACAGUUCGAGGACGAGAUCUCUGUCAGGUGGCGCGGAGGCAUUGAGGAAGCUUUUACCCAAAGGACUCCCGUCAAUGGCUCAAGUUGGAAACAUGUUCGGGUCUUCUUCAAGCGGUAGUACGAAGCCUAGAUCGGGAGGCUCUUUAAGCUUUCCAAGAGAACCAUCCCGCUCGACUGCCGGUCGAUCAACAAGUUCUUUCGGCCCAGGAUCUCCUAUGUUAUCUCCCGGGGCGAGAACAUUCGAGCCAAUCAUAGCUGCUCGUCCUCAAGUUACAAGACAAAGGACACCAGCUGGACAAGAACGACCCGCUACUAUCCGUAGAUCCACCUCGGAUGAUUCCUUGCUCUACCAUUCUCUGUCCCGAGCAUCAUCUUUGGGCGACGACACUCGCUUCGAAAAUCAUAGGGAGCAAGUCAAUUCACGUGUCAAAGCCAUCAGAGAUUCUCUGCAAGAUCGGUCCAGCUUCAGGAUGCCUCAGAUGCCGAGUAUGCCUAGCAUGCCAAGUAUGCCCAGUAUGCCCAGUAUGCCUCGUGUCUCCAGUUUUGGUUUCAACAUGAACUUUUUGAAUACCACGAGUACUCCUGCCAAAUGGAGAACAGAGACUAAUUACACGUCAGACAUUCUUCCAGGCACUUUGGCCAAGAAAAAAAAUAUAGCCACUCCUACUGUUGCACCUGGACUGGUCGGUGCAGCAGUGUCGAGGCCAGAAUCAGCAUUCGAGACAGCUCGAACCGCGCAGGACGGUCCAAAUUCAACCUACCUGGACCGAGCUAUGGAACAUCUAACAGGAGAUGUAGUAAUAAUGGGUGGCUACCGAGGCUCGAUCCUUCGCUCGAUUAAGACUCAUCGUCAGGUUUGGGUGCCUGUGAAGGUUGGGUUAAAUAUUCGAAAAGUAGAUCUGGAGGUUGGACUCGAACCUGAGGAUGAAAAUCGUAUGCAGGAGACAAUUUAUCCGUCCGGUAUGCUUCAGAACAUCGGACCCGUUGAUAUAAGUAAGCGUCUUUUCAAACGUUUGGCAGAGAGUAAGAAUGCCCGCAGUGGAAGAUUGCGAGUUUGGGAUUAUGGCUAUGACUGGCGCCUAAGCCCUCAUCUUCUAAGCCGUCAACUACAGAGAUUUCUUGAGACGCUUCCGUCAAAUAAUUUAGGCGAAUGUCCACCUACAGGCGUUGAGCAUGGUGCGCUUGUCAUCGCUCACAGUCUGGGAGGUCUCAUCACCCGUCAUGUCGUCAACAAUCGACCAGAGCUGUUCUCCGGUGUCAUCUACGCGGGCGUGCCACAAGCUUGUGUAAAUAUCCUGGGACCUCUAAGAAACGGAGACGCAGUCCUACUGAGUUCGCGAGUUCUCACCGCUCAAGUAAACUUCACACUUCGGACGAGUUUUGUUUUGCUUCCUGAAGACGGAGGAUGCUUUAUCGACAUCAAAACCAAGGAAAAGUAUCCCGUCGACUUCUUCAGCAUUGACGACUGGAUCAAGUAUCGUUGGUCUCCCUGUACUGACCCGCCGUUACCGCCAAAAAAUCCAGCUUCAAGUGCCUUGGGAGGGCUCCUCAACAUGCCUGGCAGCUUACUGAAUCUUCCCCUACCCAAUAAGAAAUCGAUCUCGGGGUCGUCGACCCCCAAUAUUACUAAUACGGACAGUGACAUUGAAUCAGACGCAGUUCCAUGCUCGCCAUUACAUUCGCCCCAUAGUAAGACCACUCGCGCAGCAGACGCCAUCCGAGGCAUGGAGGGUGGCACUGAUCGAACUUUGGCACCGCAAUUGGCCGGGAUGGGCAGCAAGUCCAACCCAGUUAGCAAAGGUCAAAGCGUGAACUCGUCCGUCUCAACGGCAGUCACCAUUCCUCGCGACAAGGCAAUUGCAUACCUGGAACGAACACUAAGAGAAACAAAACAAUUCAAGCAAGAACUACACUUCAAUCCUAAGCACGCUGCUGUUAAUGUUUACCCUCCUCUUGCAUUAAUCUAUGGCAAAGCUAUUCCGACGUGUGCUGGAGCUAAGGUUGAUGGUCGAGAUUCCAUUCCCUGCGCAGAUGUGUAUGAUAAUCUGGCAUUUGCAAGUGGCGAUGGAGUAUGCUUAGCAAAGGAAGCUAUGUUACCAGAGGGAUACAAAGCAGCUUAUGGUGGACGGAUAUCGAGCGAUCGUGGUCAUGUCACUUUAUUAGGAGACUUGAAUGCAGUGGGACGAGCCAUAGAGGCAGUCCAGAAGGGAAGGGCCAAGGGUAUCGGAAAGGGGAACAGGCUAAGUGGCGCAACGAAUUGA